UUUGGCAACCAGCAAGUCCUCAAUUCUCUGGGUGUAAAGCGUCGUCAUGAGCCUACUGACAGUGAACUGCAACUUGGGCAUACGGAAGCAUGUUUGGAAGGUGACGUUGCACGUGCUUGCCUCUGCUGGCGGCAACCCGUGGGUCCAGUUUGGUUCGUGGAAAGGAGUCUCCCCUUGAGUCGCACAGUUCGUGGAAGGCGGCCCGCCCUCCUGUCACGCACAGACGCAGAGUAUUUACUGCUGGGUGCCCGCCAGACCGGCAACCACUCGAGACACCCAUAGCAAAUAAGAGAUCUAUCCUCCGUUUCGAUUAAGCAUGUUCUUUUGAUCAUCUUUCUUUGCAUGGGGUGUUACACGCUAAUCGUAACAACGUGAGCAGUCGCUGUUCCUAACAAUAUGAGCAUAAAAGAAUUGUCAUACGCAUUUGAGGUAGUUGCCAGCUGAUCAACUGUGAACCCUGCUUCACGCUCACUGCCGUCAGCUCAGCCUGUGUGCGUGUGAUCUCGCACCAGAUCUCCGUGUAUUUGUCUAUGAGUGGGAAGACAUAUCAAGGGUGAGCUUCCAGUGGUAGCAUGCCACCCAACCAGCUAGGCCUAACCUGUGCCGUUUCAUCGGCCGUCAGUGGUAAAAGUCGUGAUUUAGUGUAAAAUCAAAGAAAUGCUUUGUGGCUGUACAGCACUUAGGAAGCAGAGGAACCACCUUGCCAACGAAAGUGAGGGCACAACCCGGUCUUAUGCUUCGAUUCCCUGACAUACAUGGCUGCUUGGUCUGUGUUUUGCAUGUGGACAGCCUUUCAAAAAUGUUGUUUUGGUUGUACAGUUAAACCUUUAUACAACGAACUUCAACAUAAUGAAAGUCUCGAUUUAACAAAGUAUUUAAAUUUUCAUAACCUCUUGUUCAUAGAACACCAUGUAAAGUAGAACCCCGCAGUGACGCUCCUCACUGCUGCGUUUUCUCGGCUGCUACGUCGUUUUCAUCCGGUCCCGGCAUACCUUCCAUAGGAUCCACUGUAUAGGGAACCCCGCUGUUACGUAGUAGCUGUGAAAAACGUUCCCGCAUGAUACAUCGCAACUUAGCACCUCGAACCCGCCUGGGCAUUUUGGAUUUUGACGAGUUUUGGCCGGGCUUGGCUAUGGAACUGGCUGCAAGAAGCUGCACGCCAGUUCGAGAGGCCGCCACUAGGUGGCCAUUCGUGAAAAAUGCUCUCACUAUCAUCACUGUGAUUAUGGUCACCGCAUGGUUGUCAUGCAACAGUCGUGCAUGGAUGACAUGUUCUUUGUUCGAAGAAUUUCUUCUGUACUUUGACAAGAUGGGUGCUCAGUGCAGGAGUGUCAUCCUAUUUCUGGACAAUUGUGCUGCCCAACCGAGAGACCCGCCAUUUCUUUGGAACGUAAAGCUUGUGUUUUUACCACCAAAUACGACAAGCCAUUUGCAGCCGUUGGAUGCCAGCGCCAUAAAAAACUUGAAGCAUUCUUACAGAAAGUGCAUUGUCAAGCGUUGGCUCGUGCAUAUUGAUCGUGGACAGCAGCCUGCGAUCAUUUCGGUGCUUGACGCUAUGCACUAUGUCGCUUCAGCGUGGACUGCUGUGAGUGCGUCAACUGCGCAGCACUGCUUCGCGCGGUGUGGCUUUCACGUGGACGGCGAGAUGGAAGCUGCCACGGAAGCUGAAGAGUUGCAAACUGCCUCUUGUGAAGAAGAGCUAGCUGAGGUAAUGAAUGCGCUGGGUGCCAUGGGAGUCGCAUACGACGACUACGUCGCCGUGGAUGCUGCCGUCGUGAUGUCAGAGUGUCAGAGCAUCGCCGAGAUCGUUGAGAACUCGGUCGCGAGUGAAGCCGCCGACUGCGAUGACGAUGAGGAGCACGAGCCGCAUGAUGCCGGGGAGUUGCGAAAUCCUAGCUUUGCAGAAGCCGUCGCGGCUCUGGACCUCCCCUGCAGGUACGUCUCACCUCACAGCGACGCUGCGGCCUUCGAGGCUAUUGAGAAACGUGUGGUGAUUUCUAGCGAGCGAAAGAAACAGCAAGCCACCAUUCUGGACUUUUUAAGUCCUAAGCACUCCGUGGAAAUACAUUGUCUGAAGCUGCACUUUUUUCAUUCAUUUUCGGAGCUUUCCUCACUGUUGCGUUUACCCGGUUGUUACGUUUUUUUCCCCUGGUCCGGUGAAAAACGUAUGAACGGGGUUCCACUGUAUUCAUUCAGAACCUCAAUAUAACAAAGUGUGUUUUUAUGCGAUUUCAAUAUAAUGAAAUUUCACUGCCACUGGAAAGGAAUGCCAAGGCUAUAAAUGGAAACUUCAGCAGACACAGAUGGUCAAAUGAUUGAAUCACAAGCGACUGCUUGCAAAUGCACCUCUCAAAUUGCAUGCCGUGUGACAAGAGCGACCGACGAAGUGGAGCCGCAUCAUGCUCUAUGUAAAGUCCAAGUGCGUUUAAGAUCCUAUCGCGCCCCGUGCACUUUGUGCUUUAGGUUUGCGUGAAAGUGUGCGAGGGUGAGACAAGAAGGAUGGCAACCUGUACCUAAGUCUUGAUCCAACUCGUAGACUAGAUGACAGUGGGCGCAAAUUAAAGGAGUACCGACACGAAAAGUUAGGCAAUGUCAACUCUAUAAUUAUGGUACGAACUUCCAAUGUCUCGAGAGUGCCACAAAUGAUUAAUUACAGCACCUUUUAUAGGACCCACUCAAAAGUGCGUCAAGCACAAAGCAGCUUCCAACAUGAAAAAGGAGAUUUAGCAUGUUACUUAAAGCACAGUUGGUCAUAUGGUACCACAUACAUGACUGCCAAAGUGGACGUGGCAAUCCAGGUAUCACGAGCACAGUGGUGGAACAGCUGCAUCCAUGCACCAAGCUGCGACAAGAGCUGUUCUUCAAGCCAUCCUGCUCCAAAACAGCAUUUUAGCAAAAGAUUGCACCAAGCGUGCACCAAAUGAAGCAUGAGAACAAGAGCCUUCUUCAAUUCAUGCUGCGUCGACAGCAAAGCUGAAACCAAAGCCUAAACGGUGCAACCACAGCUGUGGAUAUAGCCGAUACCGUCGAUGCUCCAUUUGCCCUUUUUGCGCUUUUGUUGCAAUUCUCUCUGGUGGAUGUUCCAAUGCCUGAUGCUGUACUCUUUUUGUUUGUUCCGUUUGUGCUGUAGUUCCAUAUUCCUCAUAGUAUAGCAUGGCUCAAGGAGUAUGUUGGAUCAAUAAGCAGCCUCUGAUAAUGUCCAGUCAUACAUUGUUUAGCAUAGUCGAUAUUGUGACUUUAAAAAUAUCUUGCAAUGUGUAUACUCAACCGCUGAUGCUUGAUUUGCUUAUGAGCAGGGACCUUCCUGCAACCCUGCAUGAUUGAAAAACAUAUUGUGGUUGUAGUCCAAUCAGCUUUCACAUGUUUUAUGGCACAAUAAUGCAGAAGAAAUUGGGCACAGUAGGAGAAACCUAUGAAUGACUACCUCCCAACUUAGGCUUAGUCGCAUGCCUCGUACGGCUCGGUCUUGCGAACAUGUUCUUGCUCCCUGAAAGCAUACCGACUGCGUAACUAAUGCCUUUCGCAAGCCAAAAUGUUGAAACAUCUUUAUAGUGUGAUAUACGUACAGGGAAAGUGGUAAAUGAAAUUCCAAUGGUAAUUUUUAGCCCAAAUGUCCCAUUGAUGUGCAUAACGCCAGCUUUGCUAUGUUUAUUUACUAUUUCAGUGAAAAUUGAGACCGUAUAUAGAUGUAUAUUGGACACGUGUGCUAAAUUAUGUUUUUGCUUCUGCCAAGACCUGUGCCAAAUGGUCUGCAAGCAACUUAAAGGAGCCCGCCAGUCAGCUCAAUAGAGUGAGAGCCGUACAGUGAUCAUGUCACAGAAAGCUGCCAUACUGGCCCUUCCAAUUAUUUGCUUCUCUUGGGAAUGGUGCAGGGACCCGCUUUCUCUCGCCUCUGAUCUUGUCAAGUGCUAAACAGACUCAACUUUUGGUAGCAUGCUCACGUCAGUUGUAUCUGGUACCACAAGCCCACAACAAAUUUUCAUGGUGUGAUAAGCUCACAUAUGAAGUUGCACUGCAUAUGAUGCAGGUUUUGAAUUUGUCGCAUUAAAAUUAAUUUAUUAUUUGUUGCACUCUCAGGGAAUUGGACUCCAUAGCAUAAUUACUGGGUCAACGGCUAUCCCACAAAGCAGUAUAAGCUAGGCAAAAAUUUUCUGUCGGUACUCCUCGAAAAAUUAUAUUGUAUGUGAUAUGUUGACUGUGCUGGCGUUGCAUGUGCCCUUGUGUUUUGCGCUAAGUGUCCGAACAUUGACUGAUGCGUUUUAUCUUUCUUUCAUCACAAACAUGUUUGCAAUAGCUAGAGCCUCUAGUGUUGUCUGCUUACAACAGCCAUUGCCAUGCUAAGGGAAGGCAUUAUAUAGCAUUCCUAUU